GAGCGGAUCAGCAUGCUCGUGAUCAUUCUGAACUGCGUCACGCUUGGCAUGUAUCAGCCCUGCAAUGAUCAGAUGUGUGACACCGUCCGAUGCAAGGUUCUCGCAAACUUUGACCACGUCAUCUUCGCCUUCUUCGCUAUCGAAAUGAUCAUCAAAGUCAUCGCCAUGGGUUUCUGGGGAGAGCUCACCUAUCUAGCCGAUACCUGGAACAGGCUGGACAUGUUCAUUGUUAUAGCCGGAUUUGUUGACUACGUAGUAAACAAUACAUUAGAAUACGGAAUAGAUUCUGAAAACCUUAGCCUUUCUGCGAUUCGGACCAUACGAGUGUUACGACCAUUGCGGGCCAUCAACAGAAUUCCAAGUAUGCGAAUCCUGGUGAUGUUAUUGUUGGACACGCUCCCGAUGUUGGGCAAUGUCCUGCUCCUUUGCUUCUUCGUGUUCUUCAUUUUCGGCAUCAUUGGCGUCCAGUUGUGGGCCGGCGUUCUCCGCAACCGAUGCUUUAUUAAUAUAAGCGAUGAUAUACCGUAUAAGCAUCUUAAUUUGACGCCAUUUUACCUGCCUGCGUGGAGCACCGAUGACUACAUCUGCACCAGACCCGGUGACAACGGAAUGAGGGGUUGCGGCAACCUGCCCCGCUACCAGUUCGAGGGUAUCAAAUGCAACGCGUCGGCCAUUCCGUUCCACAACAACACGCCCACAAACAGCUCAUGCGUCAACUGGAACCAGUAUUAUACCGUCUGCGAGGUGGGCGACAAGAAUCCUUACCAAGGUGCCAUCUCAUUUGAUAACAUUGGACUUGCUUGGGUUGUCAUAUAUCAGGUCAUCAGUUUAGAGAGUUGGGUCAACAUCAUGUACUACGUCCAGGACGCGCACUCUUUUUGGGAUUGGUCCUACUUUGUUGCGUUAAUUGUGAUCGGAUCGUUUUUCAUGAUAAACCUUUGUCUCGUCGUCAUAGCAACGCAGUUUUCUGAAACUAAAAAAAGAGAGACAGAACGAAUGUUACAAGAGCGCAAACGGUACCAGUCGACAAGUACUUUGGCAAGUGGAUCUGAGCCGGCCAGUUGUUACAGCGAAAUUCUCAAAUACGUAGCCCAUCUGUACCGACGUGCAAAACGAAAACUAUUGAAAGUGUAUAAUGAAAGAACAGGUCAGAAAAAGGCUUUGCCUGAGCUAUUUCUGGGCCGCAAGAAAAAGAAAGUGCCGACGGAAGAGAUGCUAGACAAGUCUUACCCUCAGUCCUAUUGUGCCUUACCGUACGAGGGCGGCGACCUGCAGUGCUACGGCUCGGAUUGUGACUGCCACGACAACGAGUUCGAAAUGGAAAACAAGCACGAGCAACGCAGCUGCUCCAUCUGCAACCAGGAGCAGAAGGAGCAGAAGAAGAAAAAUAUCUUACAUCGCGUCCAGAAGCUAAUGUACCGUAUCGUUGAGCACAAACUAUUCCGGAAAAGCAUUCUCAUCUCCAUCCUAAUCAACACCCUUAGUAUGGGCAUCGAACAUCACAACCAGCCGGAGGAGUUGACGAGAGCACUGGAGAUCAGUAACUUAGUGUUUGCCACUAUGUUUGCGGUUGAAAUGGUCCUAAAGCUACUCGCGUACGGCAUCUUUGGCUACAUCAAAGACGGCUUCAAUGUCUUCGAUGGUGCCAUUGUUAUCUUAAGCUUGGUAGAGAUUCUCAACCAAGAUGGCGGCAGUGGUCUGUCGGUGCUGCGCACGUUCCGGCUCCUACGCAUCCUAAAGCUCGUGCGUUUCAUGCCAAACUUGCGUAAACAGCUCGUCGUCAUGCUGCGUACUAUGGAUAACGUGGCCACGUUCUUCGCCUUAUUGUUACUUUUUAUGUUUAUAUUUAGCGUUCUUGGUAUGAACCUAUUUGGAUGCAAGUUUUGCAACAAGCUCAGAGAUGGUACAAUAUUCUGUGAUAGGAAGAAUUUUGACACCCUUUUGUGGUCACUUAUAACGGUAUUCCAGGUGCUUACACAAGAAGAUUGGAAUACAGUUCUAUACAACGGCAUGGAAAAGACAUCCGCCUGGGCGGCCCUUUAUUUCGUUGCCUUAAUGACCUUCGGAAACUAUGUCCUUUUCAAUCUUCUUGUCGCCAUAUUGGUGGAGGGUUUUUCUUCCGAGGAGGAAGAAAAGACAAAAAGGAGGGAAUCGAUCAAGUCAAAGUUGGAAAUCAUUCUGGAGACAAAUAAUAACGAACGCAGGGAAUCUGUGCAGGCAACAGUGGCUGAAGUGUUAGAUGUCAAAAUAAAUAAUAAAGAAAGAGAGAAGAAAAUGAUGUGCGCGAAUGCCGCUCUCAUCGACGAAGGCACCAAACAGUUCACAUUGCCGCCUCCUAUAAUCACGCACACCGAGGCAACUCCUCGCGCUACGCCCCAGGGCUCGCCUAAUGACAGCAGCGGACGGGAGUUGUCAGCGCAGAAUGAGAUCAACGUUAUGAAUGCGGACAACGCCACCCUUAACAAUGCAAACAAUCGAUUGUCAAUAAACAAGUCUCUCUCCACGUCCUCGCAUCGAAUGCCCUGUAGUUUGUCUCGUGCGUCCAGUUGCCGAACGCCGACGGUCAGCUUUAAGACGACGUCUCCGAAAUCACCUCGCGCAUCCCCAAGACUCUCGCCGCGUCCUUCGCCACGCCUCUGGCGCUCGCAGAGUUAUGGCAGUCGCCGGAACAGCUGGAAACUAAAACGUGAGAGAAAAGACGGCGAUAAGGAGAAGCUGGUAGAGAACGGACAAAAGAACGACGACUGUGACGACGGUGAAGGAAUGUGUGACUAUGACGACGACGAUGAUGAUGAGGUCUUCAAACCAGCUACUUCGCAUCCCAUACUGAAAAGGAGCACGUCAAACUCUAAAAGUAUGGAAUGCAAUGGGGGAAUGGCCUUGAACAACCGGCGCGUAUUCAGUUCGUACCAAAAUCUAACGUACUCGAAGAGGUUGUCGACGUCUAAAAACUCGAUCCGAAGCAGAAACAACUCCUCUGGAAGUGCAAGAAGCACGUGCAAUUCGAUACAUCUAAGCCGGCAAAAUACUUUUCCCACUCGACGCAAAAUACCGUCCAUGUCAUCGGCCGGAAGUAUGUACUUGCACGAGGACUACAAACAAAACAACCUCUGCGACGCAAACGCGGAAAGUCAAGACAAGGAAGUCGAGUGCGCGUUUGACGAAGAAGAUCCUGACGCAAUGGACGAAGCGGACUGCAACUAUUCAUGGUGCCCCAAAGCCUCCGGUGUUUUUCUUGAGCGUCAGGAAUAUUCAUUAUACCUCCUGAGUCCAGAGUCGAAGUUGCGGCGAUUGGCCCAUUAUACCAUCGCCCAACGCUGGUUCGACAACACUGUCCUCUUCUUUAUCGCUCUGAAUUGCAUCACGUUGGCAAUGGAACGGCCGGAUAUCCCCCCUACUAGUACUGAACGAGAAAUUCUAACCAUAUCGAAUCACAUCUUCACCGUCAUCUUUACCAUUGAAAUGACAAUAAAGGUUAUUGCCAAAGGCCUACUGAUUGGAAACCACGCCUACCUGAAAAGCGGCUGGAACUUUAUGGACGGGUUUCUCGUAGUUAUCGCCCUCGUUGACACAGUCAUCUCCCUUACUGCCAAUAGCAGUCCGAGGAUCUUCGUCAUCCUGCGCGUCUUCAGGCUCCUUAGAACGCUGCGACCUCUGAGGGUUAUAAGUCGAGCACCGGGACUGAAGUUGGUGGUACAGACGUUGUUGUCAUCACUACGUCCUAUCGGCAACAUUGUGCUAAUUUGCUGUACAUUCUUCAUUAUCUUCGGUAUUCUUGGAGUUCAGCUUUUUAAGGGAACAUUUUACUUCUGCAAAGGACCAGACAUAACUUUAAUAGAGAAUAAAACCCAAUGCCUAGAGUCCAAACGAAACGUGUGGAUCAACAGAAAGUACAACUUCGACAAUUUAGGAAUGGCUCUGAUGGCAUUGUUUGUGUUGGCAUCCAAGGACGGAUGGGUGAGCAUCAUGCACACAGGUCUUGAUGCUGUCGGCAUCGAUCAACAGCCAAAACAGAAUUACAACGAGUGGCGGUUGAUCUACUUCAUCUCGUUCUUAUUGCUUGUCGGAUUCUUUGUCCUGAACAUGUUUGUCGGGGUCGUGGUCGAGAACUUCCACAAGUGUAGAGAGUCCCAAGAGAAGGAGGAGAAGGCGCGGCGAGCCGAGAAGCGUCAACAAAAGCUCGAUCAAAAGCGGAAGCGCCUGCAGCAGUGUCCGUACUGGGCACACUAUGGGAAGCCUCGACUGAUGAUCUACACGGUCAUCAACAGUAAAUACUUUGACCUUGCGAUCGCGGGGGUCAUUGGUCUGAAUGUGAUCACCAUGGCCAUGGAGUAUUACAUGAUGCCAAAGGAGCUGGAGUUUGCACUACAAAUCUGCAAUUACUUCUUCACGUCCGUGUUCAUAUUGGAAGCAGCCAUGAAAAUUGUCGCGCUAGGCACGCUUCGUUACUUUAGAGACAGGUGGAACCAGUUGGACAUGUUUAUCGUGAUCUUGUCCAUUGUGGGUAUAGUUCUAGAGGAGAUGAAGACGAAUGUCAUUCCCAUCAACCCUACCAUCAUUCGGGUCAUGAGAGUUUUACGAAUUGCUAGAGUUCUGAAGUUGUUGAAAAUGGCGAAAGGAAUACGUGCUCUUCUCGACACUGUGAUUCAAGCCUUGCCGCAAGUCGGAAACCUCGGACUUCUCUUUUUCUUGCUAUUCUUCAUUUUUGCUGCACUAGGUGUAGAACUGUUUGGCAGAUUAGAAUGUUCGGAAAACCACCCUUGCGAGGGACUCGGUGAGCACGCGCACUUUAAGAAUUUCGGAAUGGCCUUUCUGACGCUGUUCCGAAUCGCAACGGGCGACAACUGGAACGGGAUUAUGAAGGAUACGUUACGAGAGGACUGCGACAGCAGCGACGACUGUUUAACCAAUUGCUGCGUCAGCAACUUCAUCGCGCCGGUCUACUUUGUCAUCUUCGUCCUCAUGGCCCAGUUUGUACUGGUCAACGUUGUGGUGGCGGUUCUUAUGAAACAUUUGGAGGAGACUUAUAAAUACAAAGAAUUGGACGACGAAGUGGAAGAAGAACUUAAGCUUGAAAUAGAUGAAAGGCGACGGGCCGCCCUUAGAGAUAAUUUUGAAAUGGCCAAAUUAAAGGAAUCUCAUCGGAUAAUGGACAAUGAGGAAGAGCUGGAGGCACUGUUCAGGGAAUCUUUGUCAAGAUAUACCCUAGUUAAUGUGAGAGACAAAGAAACCGACAACGAUGACGAGACCUCUCAACGGGACGAAUCGUCGAAUGACAAGCUCCUCCCACCCCCACCAUCCUUCACGCUGCGACCGCCCAGCUGCGAACCUUGUCCACCUUCUCCGGCGGGCGCAUUUAGUGCCCCCGAAGCCGAGAGAGGUAUGUUCCUGGAUCCAUUGGCUUUUCCAACUGACGACAACAAUACACUGAAGGUUCCUAAUAUGUCACCUGUUGAUGGCCGUGUUGUGUUCAGUCGAGAAAGAUACUACAGUGACUCUAACCCGGAGGAUGGCGUAUUUGACCGCAGUGUUGCGUCAUCGCCUUCACCGAGUCUUCUGCAUACAGAGAGCGCUAUUCAGCGGCCCGUCAGUGAACUAAAUAUCAGUAGGAAAACUGAAAGCCGGAAAGAAAAAGCCGUUUCCUGGCAUUCAAAAAUGCCGACAAGUACGCAAACUCUAGGGUGCGUUGAAGGAGUAAACGAGGAAAAAGAUCCUAAAGACAUUCAAAAUACACAGUCCCAACCCUUGCUAGGCACUCUUGAGAGCUCUAGCUCACAGAAACAUACAUGUAAGCACACGUUUUCAGUGAAACAGGUGAAGUCGCCAUCCAAAGACCAGAAAAGGAAUUGGAGUCUACGACGCUGUGUCAGCUCAGGUAGUGAGAAGAUACGUUUGAGAGAAAAGUACAUGCAUCUACGGUCGUCCAAGAUCGAGGAUUGCAGCUCGCCCGUAACAACUGCAAACGAAGCCCACUUGGCUAGACAGCUUUCAAAUUCGCGACAGAACAGUGUAGACACCGCCAAAUCGGAAGAACUCUCGUUGAUCGAUUGGGAGGAAGACGAGAAAUUGUGUGACGCCGAGGUUGGACACAUUACGGGACAAUUUGACGACGACGAAGACGAUGUUCGUCCGACCGUUUCAACAGUUCUUUCAUCCGAGCGCGUUGCAUCUAGUCCUUCACAUGCGGAUGAUCAAGCAGCUGUUGAAACAGUCGGAGAUGAACUGGAAGUAGUCGGUAAUGACACCAAUCAUUUCAGUCGAACGUCACUCGUUCCGAGGUCGACCAUUUGUGAUGAAUUAACAGUUUGUGAUCACGGUGUUUCAAACUAUGCAGUUAAUGACGCCCGCUUGGUUAACAACACAAACUUCCUUGUUUCGAUCUCGCCAUCUGUUACCGGGAACAGACGGAUGCCAAUAUCGCCGGGAAUUGUGAACAACUGUUUUCUGGCCAUUCCGAACGACAAUUUAGAUAGUCCACUUUCACAUAGCGAUAAAACGCAAUCUGAUACAAGUACAUUAGGUCUUAUAUGCGGCAGUGAAUUUCCACCGUAAAGAAAAUGCCUUUAUUCAGCGAAAUCAACUUAUGGAUGAGCGAAGACCGCCUUUAAAAAGUCCGCAUAGCGGAGAAAGUCAUUUGUGAUACAAACGAUGCUAUUUCUCCUACCUACCUUGUUUUUACCUUUUGGUAUAGCUUAUAUACAUAUCGCCAAACUGUAAAUAUUGAUGUUAUAUGAUGCCAACGCAUUAAUAUUUAAAUUUUGUCUGAUAAAUGAGGUUAGUAGUAAUGAGUAUGUUAGGUGAACACGUGUGUAAGGAUAAAUCUGAUCCCUUAUGGGAAUUCUGAGUUAUAUAUGUGUACUGAUUAGAUGUGUUGCAUAAUUGUUUGUUUUUCAUACAACAUUAUUAUCAAACACGUGUACAGUCAUUAAAAUGUUUAUCGGUAUUAACAUACUUUUGACCAUGAAAUAGUGCAUGUAUGCGCUUAUAAAAUUUUGGUUUGAUUAUUCGGCAAAUAGUUUACCGUUAAUAUAUAAUAGAAUGAGAAACACACGAAAUAUUAUAAAAUACUAAUUAUCAUUUUGUCCUCAAGUCCCAUAUCUUUAGCACAAACGUGUGCACUUAUUAAUGUAAGUGAACAUUUAUAACUCUCAGUUCCGAAAUUACUGCAAUGACCGAUGUCUCAAAAUUCCGUCUAAAAAUGGAAAUAAUGGUAAGAGAGGCACACAGUAAUCGCAUCGUCUGUCCGUAAAUCAUUCCGUCCUUACGUCUUAAUGUCUGUCCCUUCGUUCGAGUGUUUUAAGGGAAAGGGCAGAGAAAAUGGCGAUAACACUUUUGGGACUCUUAAGGUAUUGCCCGUUAGUAUAUUUUCUUUUGCAAAGCAUAACCCCAUACUAUUAAAGAUAUAACAUAAAUCUUUUCGCAUUGAAUGAUAUUAUUGAGACCAAUUGCAUAGUAUAAUAACGACAACUUUUUUGUCAGUAUUAUUUAAGUUUUUUGCUUACUUUUUUUGUAAUAAAACGUUCUUUGGAGGUAUUAAAGGUAUUCAAAUUAAUCUUAUAUAUAAUGCCAGAAAAAGGGCCGUAAAUCUGUAUUCAAAAUUUACAAAGUUAUUUCUCUUUGUUAUUUUUUAGUGAAACAUAACAUAUUAAAUAUUGCAGAGAUUGAUUUUUCGUUAAUUGUGUUAUACAAAUCUCAUACUACCCAAGGGAAGCCUUGAAGAGUUUAUGAAUAAUGAUAAAAACACAUCAUAUUUACAUUUCUGCAGUUUUUCAUUGCUGUUACACUUUUAUCGUUUUUUUAUGUAUAACUAAAUGAAUAAUUAUCGCCAUAUGACCUUCAAGAUCAAGAUUUUGGGCCACUACAACACUUCGGGGCAUUGGGCACUUUCACUUAUAAGACUUAUGUUUAGGUAUAUAUGAGUCAGAUCCUGAAAAAUAUGUAUGUUAAACUGAAGUCGUGUGGUGCAUUUAAAUGUACAUGUUUAGUCCUUAACACUGUUUAAAUUUUUCGAACAAGUUAUGGUCUUUUUCAAAAGUUAUCGGUUGUAAUUAAAUCGCAAAUAGGGAGACAACUGGGGGGGGGGGGGGGCGGGGUUACAUGAUUUUUUUUGUGGUUGUUUUUAUGUUAGCAUGUUGACACGGCUUUCAGUAUUGCUUUAAACUGAUAUGCCAAUGUGAUAUUUAUAAAGUUGUGUUGAAUGUGCAUGAUGUAGUUUUUUCGUCCGUUUAUUUCAGUAAAAUAAUCAACUUCAAAUGUAGAAAAUGUAAACGAAAAUGCAUUUCCUAGCUGGAAGUUUGGAAGUACAUUGUGCAUGUAAUUAUAGCUGACCCUUUCGGAUGAUUGCUAUAUAACAACCAGAAACCGAUUCAAUUAAUGUCAACAGAUAUAAUACAUGUUUGUAUCUUAAAACACACAUUUUAACGUAUAAUCAAUUUAAGUCGUUCGUUUCUUUGCGGAUGUUUUGCAUUUCUUUCGGCAUAGUAUGACGUUUAUAUUUAAGUUCAAGACAUGUUCUUUAUAUUAUUUUUGCGUUUGUUUUUGUUUGUUUAACCCAUGUAUGCCUAGCAGACUCUUCCAUCCUUCUAAAUUGGAUCAAUUUAUUUCCAACCUUUGGGAUGUCUCGUAUUUUUAUUUCAAUAUUUAGAUUAUUUCUUACAGAAAUUCCUUUAAGCAAACAGCGCAGACCUUGAUGAGACGCCGCAUCAUGCGGCGUCUCAUCUGGGUCUACGCUGUUUGACAAUGCCUUUUUUCUAGACGCUAUGCAUAAAUGGGUUAACAGUUCAUAAUUGACUUUGUACACUUAAUUAUUGGUUUGAAGAAGCAAAUUCUUUCAAAGGGGUCUAGGCAAAAUAGUGUUUUUAAUUUCCAUUGAUUACCACAUUGCUCGUAUCAAAUUUGUACAAAUGCAUUCUUAAUAUUUAUAAUAAACGUUAGUUUCA